AGAAAAGAUAAUAUUUGGAUUACUUUUUGUCUUUUGGGUUUUCACAUCCACGAAGAAGAAGAUUUUGGCACAUAAAAAUCUCGUCCUUUGCCUUCCAUCCUUCUCUCUUCGUUGGUGGGAUAAGAAAGGAAAGGGUUCCUUCCUCUCUUCCUGAAUGCUUCGAAGGCAAUAACCUUUUCUUUCUUCUUCUCUUGAAGAAGGAGAAGAGGAAUCUUUUUGGAGAGGUUUUGGACAGAGAGACGUCAUGGCCAUGGACGCCUCUGCUACCAGUGGUGGCCUUGUUGGGCUCAAAGAUAAGGAGUCAAUGGUGGACCCCUUCCUGGUUGAGGCUCUCCAUAACCCUCGUCACCGUCUCACCGUUUUACGAAUGGAACUCGAUAUCCAGAGGUUUCUGAGCGUUCCUGAUCAGCAGCAAUUUGAGUUCCCACAUUUUCCUACUUCCUACCUUCGACUCGCUGCACAUCGUGUUGCUCAACACUAUGGCCUGCAAACUAUGGCUCAGGAUAUUGGCUUAGAUGGUCAGGGAAAUCGAAUUUUGGUGAGGAAAAUAGGAGAAAGCAGAUACCCUGCUAUCUGUUUAUCUGAAAUACCUGCAAAUGAGCCAGAAAAUGAUAAAUCUGAGAAGAUUAAAAUUGCCAUCAGGCUUAGGCCAAACAGAGCAUCUGCAAAUGGAGCUAAUGAUGUUGGGCACAGACGAAGUCCUGUUAGAAGUGUGGAAGAGAGGAAGGAGGAGUAUGACAGGGCACGGGCCCGCAUCUUCAGGUGUCCUAGCAGUCCUGACUCAGAUGAUACAUUCUCUCAGAUCCCAACUGAUGGAAAAAAUAUUUGUUUGAGCAAGGAUGAGACUGAAGGUAGCAGGAACUCUACGAUUUAUCAAGAAAAGAACACUUAUGUCAAGGAUGCUGGUUCUUCUUCUCGAGUUGCCAUUUUUAGAGAUAGGGAAAAGGAUCGUACUGAUCCAGACUAUGAUCGUAGUUAUGAGAGGUAUGUUAGGAACCUUCCAGCCAAUCAAAGCUAUAACUUAGUGCCUUUCAAUAUGCAAAAGGGCCAACAUCCAUUUGUGCAGUACAAUACUGGUUUUUCUCAGUUGGGUCAGAUGCCAAGGACACUCAACUACAGGCCUCCAAUGAACCCCGUUAUGAGCCCUUUUUGUGCCAUGGGAUCGAAUCAGACGUCUGGAGAUGCUGCAUACAUGAUGCAGUGGCCGAAUGCUGUAAUGAUGUAUGCACAGUCAUAUGAGCCAUUUAGACAAGCUGUUUUCCAGGCUCCACUCUGUCAGCAGCCACUGACCUUUGAAUAUGCACAGAAUCAUUGAGUACCAAUUAUGUGGUGAUUGCCCUGCUGCUGCUGAUUCACAUGCAGACCUCAUUAUAAUUAGGUUUAUGGAUUUUGAGACUCUUUUGCAAUUUCUAGCUUGUUUCUUUUUCUUUUCUUUCUCAAAAUUUUGGAUUAUAAUAUUGGUAGUGGGUUGUAAUGGUUUUACUAUAAAACGAUUAUCCUUCUGUAGUGGAACCACGCUUUUCA